AUGAUUCGAAUAGGAACCUUAUCAUCGAGGUAUUUGGGCUAUUGUCGAAGACUAUACUCUCAUACUCCAUUUGACGAGUACCUAGACUUUACCCCAGGUGGAAUGGGAUUGGAGGAAGAACAGCCUGUAACCGUCACUCACGAUCCUUUCGAUUUUUCAAACCUCCCAAUUUUCAAGGAUAAGAAUGAUGUGUUUUCGUCAAGCUCCGCUACACCCAACCGCCCACUCUUGGGCGAUACAAACUUGUCUAUGAGUCCGGAAUCUGUGAUGCAAGAACCAAUCACAAUGACUACAGAAGACUUUAUGAGAAAAUUCAAUAUGCCUCGUUCAGAUCAAUCUUUUGACAAGAAGAAACUCGAGCGGUUCAGCUUAUUCUUGCGUACCGAUACUCAAGCUCGCCAGCAUAAUACAAGCCUACAAGACAUUGCAAGAAUUACAAGUCCCUUAAUGGUUGUUAGCGAGUUCAACAACCCAAGACUCAAUCUUGCCAUAGAGAAAUACAUUUACGACCAGAUGCCAGACCCCUUGGCUAAUGCAAGGUCUCGAAGACUGGUUUUGUAUAAGAACACUCCUUGCGUGGUAAUUGGCAAAAACCAAAAUCCUUUCAGAGAGAUAAAUUUUAGAGAAGCCACUAUUCGUGGGAUCCCAAUCCUGAGGAGGUACAGCGGUGGAGGUACUGUGGUGCAUGAUCUUGGUAAUUUCAAUUUUUCUUAUAUGAGCAGCAGACAAUCAUUCAGCAGAGUUGAGUUCACGAGCGCUUUGAAUAACGAGAUUAAUCAAUUCGUUGGUCUCGAUGUUGGCUAUGAUGCACCUAAAUUUCUGCUCACGACAAAUGAUCGGGGAGACAUCGUCAACAGCAGCAGCUUGAAGAAGGUCAGUGGCUCCGCCUACCAGAUCUCCAGGGGUAAAUCACUGCACCAUGGAACAAUGCUCCUCAAUUCGGACCUUGAAAGGCUUUCUGCUUUGUUGAAGUUGACAGAAGAGCGUAAAGCCUCCAUCCAGGACAAGAGCACUGACUCGAUUCCUAGUCCGGUAGAAAAUUUGGGAAUGAGCGACGUAUUGUUCCAAUUUACUGCUGUGGAGGCGUUCAAAAAGUUGCAUCCAACGGAUGGAAUCGAGGACAUGGUUUACGAUAACCUUGUUGUCCAGGGAGACCGCCAUAUCCUCAAAUUGAACGAGGUAAAUGAUCUUCCUAAAGAGGUGCUAGAGAUUCAACACGAGCUUUCUACGUGGGAGUGGACCAUUGGAAAAACCCCGAAAUUCCAGCUGAUUGUCGAUGAUGAAGAAUUCCAGUAUCAAAUGACUGUGGAAAAAGGAUUAAUUACCGAGGUUGAUUCCGCAGAGCCCAAUUUCAAAGCUUUGAUUGGGCUUCCGUUCAGCAGUGAGAAGAUAUCUCAUGUCCUGCCAGAUCCUUUGAAAAGCCAUGUCACGUGGCAUGUCGACUCAAAUACGAACUAUGCCCAACUUGGGAUCUCAUAA